AAAAAAAACAGGCGAAGAAGAAGAAGCUGAGCCUCUUCCGUGCUUUGUUUGCUACAUGCGGGAUUCUCGUUUGUUUUGUGCUUCACAGCGCUUAUAGCUAACCGUGCACGUAGGAAUAUUCACAUUCACAGCAUCAUGAGUACUUUAUGGAUGGGCAAUCUGGAUGCCUACAUGGACGAGAAGUUCAUCACCAGAGCAUUUUCCACGAUGGGGGAGGAGGUUUCGAACGUGCGCAUCAUUCGAAAUAAGAUGACGGGGGGGGCUAUGGGUUACUGCUUCGUGGAGAUGCCCGACGAGGCCACAGCUGAGAGGUGUCUACGCAAAAUCAACGGCAAAUCUUUACCAGGGGCCAGUCCGCCUACAAGAUUUAAGUUGAACCGAGCCACCUUUGGGAAACAGGAAACUGGUCAAAUGUAUUCUCUGUUUGUGGGAGAUCUGACUCCAGAAGUGGACGACGGGAUGCUCUACGAGUUCUUUUACAACCGGUACCCGUCCUGCCGGGGCGGGAAAGUGGUGCUCGACAGCAUGGGCAACUCUAAGGGCUGUGGGUUUGUUCAGUUCCCAGACGAGCGGCUUCAGAAGCGGGCUUUGGACGAGUGUCAGGGCGCUGUGGGACUGGGGAGCAAACCUCUGCGGUUAAGUUUGGCUGCUAACAAUUUAAGGAACAAGCCCCAGCAACAGCAGUCGGAGAACAAACCGUCGUGGCAGUCCAGCUCAGCAUACAAAUACGGCUAUGACCAGUAUAACCAGUACCAGCACCAGAACUAUCCUGGCUAUUAUCCUUCCUGGGGUUAUGAUCAGACUGCAGCGAUGUAUGGCUACAGCUAUCCACAGUAUGAUUACUCCCAGUAUGCUCAAACACAGGAAAGUGAAGCAGUUCCAGAGGAAGAACCAGUUGAAGAUCCUGGCCUGGGACUGGACGUGCUGGAAACUAACAGGAAGUUCAUGGAGCUCAGUGAGGAGCUGUACGACGCUCUCAUCGAGUGCCACUGGCAGCCUCCAGUGAUGUCUGCAGAGCAGGAAUACGUCAUUUCCUUGUUGCCCGAGCCCAUUUACUGCUGAAAGAUGCUUCCUUUGGCUCGUUUUUUUUUAUUGUUAGAAACUGAUGGACGAUAUUUUUAUUCGAGUUUGUAAACUGGUGAAAGUUUAAAGAAAUAAAAUUAUAUAUUG